AUGAGGAAAUCUGGGCGUUGUGAGCGUCUGCUGGAAGAGGUUAGGCUGAACGGAACGUAUGCGGCACCAGCACAUCCCGGUAAUUUUAUCCCUGGACAGUUUGCAUCAACAUCGGCAGAAUGCGCCGGCGAGGUUCGUGCUGUUAUGAAUUCUUCGUUCAAAGCUGUCAAAAAGAAGCAAAUCAGUGGCCAUCGUGGCGAAAGGGUCACGAUAUUGAGUGUCGAGCAAGGCUACGCAGAGGUCGAGAAAGAAGAUGGCAGCAAAGGUUACGUGCCCACCUAUUUCCUGGAUUUGGACACCGUGCCUGGUGAUAACUUUGGAGACCAAAUACGUAAUCCCAACAAAAUCCAUUACACGCCUUUUCCAGAUUUCUCUUUCAGAUAUCGUCGUAAAUGGUACCGUCUACUGGAUAAUGCUGAAGCGGCCACUUAUGAAGAUAAUCCAUCAAAUUUACUAGACAACAUUGGUUACCUAACUGCUUUAACAUCAUUCUUCCCGACGGCAGAAUCCGAGCAACGAAAUGUGCGCGCAUUGAGCUCGCCGAGAGAUCACAAACGGCCAAUAUGCAUCGAGCCACUGCAGGAUAUGACGACGAAAGUUAAUGAAAAAAUCAUUUUGCAGUGCAAAUUUUACUCGGAAGAAGCGUAUACAGUCAUAUGGAAGGGGCCAGCAAUCGCUGCCGGACGCUCUUAUGACGUAAGGGUAACAAUCACUCAUAGUCACUACUGUCGUUGUUAUUCAGAAAUUAUUGAUCAUCCUCUGAAAUUAGCACCUGAUAGAACAGACAAAGAUGGGCAUUCAAUACUGACAUUAAGAAAUUGUCUGGAGGAAGAUGCGGGUCAGUACUGGGCCCAAGCCAAAAACGUCUUCGGCAAGUGCCAUUCAGUAGCCUGGAUAGCUGUUAUUACAGAACCGGGCUGCGCACAUAUUACUCUGUGCAAAGCUCUUCAUCGCACAGCAGUUCUCUUACAGUGGAAACGUGUAAAAUCUGGGAAUUCAAAAAACGUUUUUUAUGCCGUGCAAUAUAAACGGAAAGGUAUAUUACAUAUUACUUUGAAAUUUUAG